AUGACCGACUACCCAGGCGUUCUCUGGGAAUACCCACGGUGGCACGACGGACCCGAGUUCUCAAACACGUACGGAGGGCUGCUAAAGUUCAACAAGCAAGUCAUGCGCCUGGGCAAGAAGGCCCUGGAGAACAUGCAGACCUUCGCAAGACAACACGCUCGGACAGGGGAUCCACUCGAGAUCGAAGCAAAGUCGCGCGCCGUGGACGACGCAUCAGCCUUCUUCGGGGUGCACCUGCGCACAGAGGCCGACACCAUCAGUUUCUGGCCAUCCUACGAGGAACAGGAGGAGAAAUACCUUGAGAAGGCUGAGGAGCUGGGCCUCGCGGUGGCAUACGUGGCGACGGGCAACCUCAGCGAGGCACACAAGUUCUCAGCCGCGGCAGAUGACAAGCUUGGGAUGGCGGUGGUCAGCAAGGCGGACCUUCUGACCGGCGACGACGCGGACGAGCUGGCGUCGCUGAGCUGGGACCAGCAGGGGCUGGUCGAUUACAUCGUCCUGGUCGGGAGCGAGUACUUCGUCGGCAACAGCAGGAGCAGCUUCUCGAUUUUGACGACACAGAAGAGACACCUCAAGGAGGAUGGUAUCUACACGAGACCAUACAAGAUCCGGCCGGGUGGGUACGGCCGCAGUAUGAUCGUGGGCCCGAAGGAGCAGUACUACAAGCACUGGAUGUUCAUUUGGGAUGCGAUGUGGCCUUGA